AUGGCCCCUCCACCUAUUGUUGCAGAGAUGCAGGCGAUGAAGGAACAAAUGGAGGUCAUGAUGAAUGCCCUCAAGGGACGAGUGUCCAAUGAUCUUGAUGACCUAAGCCACCAAAUACAUGAACGCGGAAUAUGCAUUGCUGGCCCGCGAGGAGAAAGACAGGAGGACACACAACAGGAUAAGGGGCGAAAGAUUGCUAGAACCGGAGAUCAACGAGAUGAAAGGCGCCCUAGACCCCCCACUGGGAAGUUCACGAGCUUCACCCCACUAACCACCCCGAUAGAUCAAGUUUUAAUGCAGAUCAAAGAUGAAGGAGCACUGGCAUUCCUUGGUAAACUAAAGGGAGAUCCUAACAAGAGGCCAAGGGACAAGUAUUGCCGCUUCCACCGUGACCACGGGCACGACACAACCAACUGCUACGAUCUGAAACAACAGAUUGAGGCCCUUAUUAGACAAGGGAAGCUACAGAGGUUCGUCAACAAGGAAAGAACCGAUCCGCCCCAAGAGCAGGCCCCACGACGAGAGAAUAAGCGCCCUAGACCACCUAUAGGGGACAUAAGAAUGAUUGUAGGGGGCACAACCGCUGCCAGAUCUUCCAAAAAAGCUCGCAAACCCUACCUUAGAAUAGUCCAUAGCAUCCAACUUACAGGAUCCGAAUCUAAAAUGCCACGAAUAGAUAACCCCGUCGUCGGAUUUUCAGAAGAUGAUGCUCGGAGACUUCACCAUCCUCAUGACGACGCACUUGUGGUCAGCUUGCAAAUAGGAGAUUAUAACAUGCAUCGAGUCUUCGUCGACAACGGCAACUCAGUGGACAUUUUAUACUACCCGGCAUUCCAGCAAAUGAGGAUUGACAGGGAACGGUUAACCCCAACGAAUGCCUCACUCGUGGGAUUUGGAGGAACGAAGGUGUUCCUCUUGGGCGCAAUUACACUAUCUAUGACGGCAUGUGACUAUCCUCAGCAGAUCACUAGGGAGGUAACGUUUCUCGUAGUUGACUGCUCGUCCGCCUACAAUGCCAUUCUCGGACGGCCCACUCUCAAUUCCUAG